AUGAUGUGGAGAGCUACACAUCGACGUGCUUUCGCUGUUAUGCGUAGGCAUUACCCAGAAGAGAUUCCGCUGGAACUGUUAAGGCAGAAGGCCGUACUUAUCGAAAACCUCUCACCAAAGCUGCUAGAUACACAAAAUCAUGUUAUAGACACCUUCUCUAAAUGUGGGAUCAAAAUAACGCAGGAUGACGUUCAUAUCAUGAGGAAUAGAUUCGGAAUACCAUGCGGAAGAGUAAUGGUGCUAGUAAAGAGUGUCAUGAUGCCAAAUUUCGAUUUCAAUGACCAAGAGGAUACUCAAACGAAUGACCAUACUUCGAAGCAGGGACAAACUGCGGAUUCUCAAACUUCAUCGCAAUAUAAUGAAAGCACAACCGUAUCUUUUAUCACCAAAGGUGUACAAAAAACACUUCUGGAUUCCCUACCACCAGAUGCAAGAGCAUACAUUUGUGAUGAACAUGAUGUCAAGUGCUACGUAGAACAAUGUGAACGAUAUCUCACUUUAUCGGAAGAUCUAAGAAGGUUCGCAGAACCAACAAAUAUACAUCGCAUUGUCACAAUAUCUGGGAUGAACAAGACAUACGGACGCUUGGAAAUGGCAGAAGUUAUCGACAAACACACAUCUGUCAAAGUUCAUCCGUGCAAUAUAAUGUUCCGCUUCAAAAGCAACGGUGAACAGGACUCAACUGCAUGGGUACUCUGCGAUAGCAUCAAAGAUGCAAACAGAAUCAUCGCAAAUCUACAGGAAGUAGCUAUACCCAAGAGGUACCAAUAUGGAUCAUUGAUGGGUGCGUCAUUCGUCUACGCUGCAAGGUCCUCCCUUUUCCUAUCGAACCCGGAACUUGACUUCAUAACAAAGAAAAGCAAGUACCAUGUAUUCACUAUUGGCUGGCACCCGGACGUGGAUGAACAGGAACUCACACAUUUGGCGAACAGCCUUAAGUUUUUUCCAAAAUCAGUCAAGGUCAUACAUAUACCCGCAUCGGAUGGUACGAAACACGAAGUUGGUGCAUUCUUCGAAUGCGAUCGAAUGCGAAACGCCAAGAAACUAAUGGUCAGACUACAUAUGCUAAAGCGACGAUGGAAGAUACCGGAACACUCGACAUUGUAUGCGUAUCCAAAAACGGCUGACGUAAGGUGGGAAUCUGAUAACGGUGUGUACAAAGAGGAUGACCCAGCGGACUUCUCCGACCUGGAUGAGCCUGUACAUUACUAA